AUGAAAUUCUGCAAAACUUAUCAGGAAUACAUGCGAGGUCAGGAGCAGCUCCCUGUAGUUGGAUUCAAGAAGUUCAAAAAGAUCAUGAAAACAUGUCGACGAUCUUCUCCAUACCAUAGUUCCUGCUCUGAUCAAUGCACAGUGUGUGAUGGGACCUUUUUCCCUUCCCUUCUCAAUGAGAUGUCAGAAAUAGUGGGAUGCUUUAAUGAGCGUGCACAGAAAUUGCUGGAACUGCAUCUUGUUUCUGGAUUCAGAAAGUACAUUAUCUUAUUGAAAGGAAAAUCAAAAAGGUAUCAUUCUACUUUAGUUCAUGAAGGCAAAGAUCUAGUUGUAUAUGCACUUAUAAAUGCUGUUGCAAUUCGCAAAAUACUAAAGAAAUAUGAUAAGAUUCAUUAUUCCAAACAAGGGCAAUUAUUCAAGUCACAAGCCCAGACUAUGCAUAAGGAAAUUCUUCAGAGUCCCUGGCUUAUUGAGCUUAUGGCAUUACAUAUCAACUUAAGGGAAACUAAAGUCAAGUCAAGGAAGUCAUCUGCAUUAUUUGAUGAAUGUUAUCUCACAAUUAAGGAUGGAAAACCAUCACUUGCUUGUGAACUCUUUGACUCCAUCAAAAUUGAUAUUGACUUAACUUGCUCUAUAUGUUUGGACACGGUGUUUGAUCCAGUUUCUCUGUCUUGUGGCCACAUAUUCUGUUACAGUUGUGCUUGCUCAUCUGCAUCUGUUACUAUUGUUGAUGGACUAAAGGAAGUACAUUCUAAAGAGAAAUGUCCUCUAUGUCGAUCGGCAGGAGUUUACGAAGGUGCUGUUCACUUGGAGGAACUAAACAUUCUGUUAGGCCGUAGCUGCAAGGAGUACUGGGAGGAAAGACUUCAAAUGGAAAGGGUAGAGAGGGUGAAGCAAGCAAAGGAGCAUUGGGAAACACAGUGUAGAGCAUUCAUGGGGAUCUAA